AUGAGAGAACUUACUCAGGCACCUUGUUUAAAUUAUGAAAACAACAAGCAUCUCCAUUGUUUUCCCAGCUAUGCCGGCGACGCCAGCGAUCCUCAUCAUCAGUCUGAGCACAUGACGAUUUCAGACCUAUACCCCACUCGUGAUACUUUUAUAGGUGGGCAGCGGACCAACCGGAUUGAUAGCAGCUAUCGCCAUUCGCCAGAACAGCAUAGUGAUCGGUGUAAUUGUAGAAGAGAUUCAUUCUACACAUAA